CCAGGAGGGCACGGUAGGGCUGGGGUGUCCGGACGAGAACUGGAGAGGAUGUCCCCGGAUCCCGUUCUGGCCAGUGGGGGGCGCACCCACCUCCCAGGCACCCAUACCCAACCAGAGCGGGGAUUUCCUCCGCCCCUCCUGCUGGCCUUCGGAGGAAAGUGAAAGUGAAAGGCGGGAAGAAGAGGCUUCCGGGCUGAUGAGAUCAAAGCGCCAUGAAGCCCCUGUCUCUGCUCCUCGCUGUGGCUUUGGACCUGGCCGCCGCGGUCUCCGCGGGACCCGCGGUGAUCGAGUGCUGGUUUGUGGAGGAUGCCAGCGGGAGCAACCUGGCCAAGAGACCUGCUGCGCUGCUGCUGCGCCAGGGACCCGGGGGACCGCCGCCCCGGCUGGACCUCGACCCUAAGCUCUACCUCAGAGUGCACGACCCUGCUGGCGCCCUCCAGGAUGCCCUCAGGCGCUACCCCCGGGACGCCCCUGCGCCGCACUGCGAGAUGAGCCGCUUCGUCCCGCUCCCCGCCUCUGCGAGCUGGGCCAGAGGCCUGACCCCGGAGCGGAGCUGCCCUCGAGCCCUGGACGGGGCUUGGCUGAUGGUCAGCAUGUCCAGCUCUGUUCUCAGCCUCUCCGGCCUCUUGCGACCACAGCCAGAGCAUCGGCAGGAGCCGGUUCCCAUCACCGAGGCAACAGUGGUGCUGACUGUCCUCACUCACACCCCUGCCCCUCGAGUAAGAUUGGGACAAGAUGCUAUGCUGGACCUGAGCUUCGCCUACAUGCCCCCCAGCCCCGAGACUGCCUCAUCUCUAGCCCCAGGUCCCCCUCCCUUUGGGCUGGAGUGGCGACGCCAGCACCUAGGUAAGGGGCAUCUGCUCCUGGCUGCAACUCCUGGCCUGGAUGGGCAGACGCCAGCAGCCCAAGAAGGGGCAGUGGCAUUUGCUACUUGGAAUGAUGAUGAGCCAUGGGGCCCAUGGACUGGGAAUGGGACCUUCUGGCUGCCUGCAGUGCGGCCCUUCCAGGAGGGCACCUAUCUGGCCACCGUACACCUGCCAUACCUGCAAGGACAGGUCACCCUGGAGCUUGCUGUGUACAAAGCCCCCAAAGUGUCCUUGACACCAGCACCCCUCGUAUGGGCUGCCCCAGGGGAGGCUCCCCCGGAGUUGCUCUGCCGUGUGUCCCACUUCUACCCUUCCGAGGGCCUGGUGGUGGAGUGGGAGCUCCGGGGCGGCCCAGAGGGUGGCUCUCAGAAGGCUGGGGGGCAGAGUUGGCUCUCUGCCCUGAGCUACCAUUCCGACGGCUCUGUCAGCCUCUCGGGGCACUUGCGGCCACUCCCAGUCACCGUUGAGCAGCAUGGGGCACGCUACACCUGUCUGGUCCACCAUCCCAGCCUACCUGCCUUGGGCCGCAAAGCUGAGGUCACCCUGGAGGUGGCAGGCCUCUCCAGGCCCUCCCUCGAGGAUGGCAUAGGCCUUUUCCUGUCCUCCUUUCUCCUGCUUGGACUCAUCAAAGUGCUGGGCUGGGUCGCUGCCUACCUGUCCACUUGCAAGGAGUCAAAGGAGAAGAAAGCACAGUGAGGGCACUCAUCACCAUUCUGUGGAAGCCACCAUCAUCUCUGGCUCCAGCUACCGUAGUAGCUCCCAAAACUAAAACCCCAUCAUCUGCUCCUACUCCCUCCAAUCUCCUUCCACUGAGUGGCUUUUUAAAAAAAGAAACAAAUCUUAUGGCAUUCGCCUUCUUAGAGCUCUAGGGCAGUGGUUCUCAAAAAUUUUUGGUCUCAGGACCUCUUAAAAAUUAUCAAGAACUCUAAAGAGCUUUUGUUUAUGUGGGUUAUAACUAUCAAUAUUUAUCAUACUAGAACAUAAAACUGAGAAAAAUUUGAAACAAGAAUACACAAGCACACAUUCCAUUUGUUGUGAGAACCAUGGUGUCAAUACAUAUCACAUAGCUUCUGGAAGACUGAACUGUUCACUCUUGGAGAAUAAUGAAAAAGGCAAAUAACACCUUAAUUUUGGUAUAAAAAGUCUUAAUUUCGCAUACCCUCUGAAAUAUUAAGUCUCAGGGACCUCUGAAACAGAGACUACAUUCAGGGAACCGGUGCUCUAGGGACAAAUCCAUUCUUCUUGGCCCAGCCUUUGUGUCCCCUGAGCCGGAGCCACUGCCUAUCUAUCUCUCCAGCCCUACAUGGUUCCCCCUACCCCUACCCAAGGCCUCCUCUCAAUGCUCAUUACACGGAUGGCUAUUCCUUUUCUCCAGUGAAGCAAACGCCUCCCGCCUGCCUCCGGGUCCCAGCGCUCUUUUCCCUUUGCCUGGUCCAUCCUCGCCCUCCCUGGGUCCCAGACCAGGUCCGCCUCGCCAUUCCCCUCUGACUGCCGCGGGUCCCUCUUGUGCGGUUCUCCAGUUGUAGUUAAGUGAUUGUGUGAGUCGUCGUUAAAUGCCUGUCUCCCCUCCCGGACUGCGGGCGCCUGGAGGACACGGGCGAGCCUGCCCACUGCGGUACGCUCCACGCCGGCACCGGGCCUGACGCCCACUGGGGGGCGCUAAGCAAAUAGCUGCUGGAUGUCGGACGAAGGAAGCGGUGGCGCAGUUUAGGGUCAGGACUGUCGCCCAAAUAGACAGGGGAACGGACCUAAGUGGGAAUAAAGUUGUGUUCCAGUGCU